CCGGUAUGAUGGCGACCUGCUUCCUUUCCUUCACUUUUCUUUGAUAAAUAGAGAGGUAGGCAGACGGCUGGAGAUUCGUGUGUGUCGGUGUAUGUGAGACUAUGCCGUUGUUAGCAUUUUUGCUGCUCUUCACUCUCGGCACUUGGUCUGGUGCUGUCGGUGAUCCUAAGCCGCAGAUGAACUACAGCUCUGUGACAUUGCCGAGUCUUCACAUCCCUUACUUCCUGAACAGCAACACACACGUGGAAAGAGUUUGCCGAGACGACCCUCUCUGUCCAUUUAAAGAUGCUCUGUCACAGAAGCAGUCGUGUUGGGGUUAUGAGAUGAGCUGUUCUCCUGAGCACAGGUUCAGCUUCCCGACCUGCACCAGCGUGGACUCUGCAUGGGCUCGCACAGUGCAGAUGGCUCAGGAAAUCUUCUGGAAGCAGGCCGACUUCGGCUACGUUAAAGAGCGUCUGAGUGAGAUGAAGACCAUUUGCAGGCCUUUAACUCCCGGGGAAUCCUCUCUGAAGUGUACGAGCCACAUGCGCUACUGCAGAGCCACCAACCUCUAUCUGGACCUCCGGAAGCCCCGCAGGGGUCAUGAGAGGUUUAAUGAGGAUUUCUUGCAGAAACGUGAGGUCGGGGGUCACUGCAGACUGAACAAUAAGUUGUUGAAGGCAGAAGGGCAGCACAAGAGCCCCCUGCAGUCCUGGUUCGCCGAGCUGCAGACGUACACGGAGCUCGACUUCCAUCCCGUAGAAGACGGGCACUGUGAUGUCAUCAUCGAGCGACCCACGGUCUUCAUGAAGCUGGAUGCAGGUGUGAACAUGUACCAUCACUUCUGUGAUUUUGUCAAUCUGUACAUCUCUCAGCACCUCAACAACUCAUUCAGCAGAGACAUCAACAUCGUCAUGUGGGACACGAGUUUUUAUGGUUAUGGAGACCUCUUCAGCGAAACCUGGCGAGUUUUCUCCGAUAAUGACGUCAUACACCUUAAAACCUAUGACACAAAAAGGGUGUGUUUCAGGGAUGCUUUUUUCUCACUAUUACCACGGAUGAGAUAUGGCCUCUUCUACAACACACCCCUGAUCUCAAACUGCCAGAGUGAAGGGAUGUUCAGAGCAUUUUCUCAGCAUGUCCUUCAUCGACUCAACAUCCCACAGGAGGGACCCAAGGGAGACCGAAUCCGGGUCACACUGCUGGCUCGGAGCACGGAGUAUCGCAGGAUAUUAAACCAGCAGGAGCUCAUAAAUGCCCUGAAGACUGUGGCUUCAUUUGAGGUCAAGCUGGUGGAUUACAAGUACAAAGAUAUGCCAUUCCUGGAUCAGAUCAGGGUGACUCAUAACUCGGACAUCUUUAUCGGGAUGCAUGGCGCUGGCCUCACACAUCUGCUCUUCCUUCCGGACUGGGCCGUCAUAUUCGAGCUCUAUAACUGUCACGAUGAAGGCUGCUACCGGGAUCUGGCUCGGCUCCGGGGCGUUCACUACCUGACCUGGCAGAGAGUAGACAAAGUGUUCCCUCAGGAUAAGGGACACCACCCUACACUCGGAGAUCACCCGAAAUUCACUAACUACACCUUCGACCGCGAGGAGUUCAUGCGCUUGGUCAUGUUGGCUGCAGAUCACGUGAGGAGACACCGGGCGUGGCGUUCCACACAGAGACGAGAUGAGCUGUAGCACACACACACACACACACACACACACACACACACACACACACACAGAACGCUGUAUUGUAAAGCGCUGAUUCAGGAUCAGUAUUUUUCUUCAUAUAAUAAUACUAUGGACUUAGAAACUGAUCUGAGAUCAGCACUUAGAUCAAAACUCUUAUUUAUUUUACAUUUUAUACAGAGCGAUGUAAUUCUAGAAGAAAUUCUAGAAGUUCUAUAUAUCUUGAGUAUGGAAGUUGACCAAUUUCUCAUUUUCCGAUUAUGAUAAACAUUUUUCUGAGGCUGUAUAGAGAAACCUUUCCUGGUAGGAUUUCUAGACAUAUUUCCUGACGUUUUGUCUCAUUUCAAGUCUCAAAUCAAAUAAAUCUUCCUACAGAAUAAGACAAUUUAAAGCUUGGAAAAAGACAAAAGGUCUAAAAAUAGGCUUUAUAAUACUUUAGCAUCUGUUAAUGAGAAAUAUUAGACAAAUUCACCUAGAUACAAGAUAUUUUGGUUGAUAUAUCAAUUAUAUCAGUGUCCACUAUCGCAAAAAUCAUGAACUCGACACACACACCAUCUUAAAUUCUGUUUUUUUUUUGUUCACUUAUUUUUUGAUGGUUCGAACCCUUCAAUGUUAACGUGACCGCUUCAUUAUUUUGUGUUUUAUUUUCCUACAGAGAAUUUCAUUGUUUUAUUUUGUGCUCCCGUGAUACAACAUGCUCGGCUUUAAAUCUCCUCCGAGCCAGGAAUAUUUGAUCCGUGUAGUGGGAUCGCUGUUCAUUGGCAGAAGUAUGUAUUUAUUUUGGUGUUAUUGUGUUCUCAAGCUGGGUGAUUUGAACAGAUUUACUGUCAUUUACCAGUAAACAGACUUACAGUAUUUAUUGUACAGUAGCUGAGCGUAGGUCACACAUUCAGAUGUUCUCAGACGUGUCACGCCAUGUUUUUCUUUUUUAAUCCUUAGUUUACAAACCCUUUGACUGCAAAAUUCACAAGUGUUCUACACAAACAUGUUUUAUUCAUUAUGUUUUAACAAACACCCGCCUCUUACUUUGGCCAAACCGUCUCGUCAUGUCUUUAGCUUCUUUUUAGGAAUUUGUUCUCAAACACAUCAUUUAUAAGCAAAUGAACUGGAUGUUAUUGCACAAAAUAAACGUGUUGAGUUCAUCGACUUCCCUCAGACUUCCAUUACACUGCAAACAAGAAGACGUCAUUAAUAUCGAAAAAUUCCAGCUAAUAUUUCUCUUAGUUUGUUUUUUUAUUAGUGUUUUUUUUAUUGAAUUUCAAGCGUAAAGAAAUAUAUUUUGUUGCUAGAUCAUUUUAAGAGAAGAGAAAUGAUCUGCCAAUAGAUUUUAAGACCAAGAUUUACAGUGAUUUACAGUGUAUUAGUGAACUCUUUAGGAUAAAGUUCAUUACGUUUCCUUGUACUGUCCAGAACCUUUUGUUUUGUACCUUUUAGUGUGUGACUUUUACCAGGGAAGGUGCACGUGGCGUCAUUUUAACCUUAAGCUCAGUUCACCUUUUUAAUUAAAAAAAAACAACAACAAAAAGGAACGAAGCUUCAGCACAUAGUUAAGGUACAGUAGAGUGUUGUUAUUCCCGAGAGAGAAGCUGGAGAUCGUACUGAGUAUCGUGUUAGCGUGGAAAGAAAAGUUUGCUGCUUGAUAUUUAAACCUUUUCAGUUUUGCAUUUUUAAGCGUGUCAGUAUUUCUGAAGAAUGAAUGUAGUUUUAUUUUGUGCAUAUGAAUGUGUUUAAAACUUGAAAUGGUCUUAUUUAAGAGGAGUUUGCUUUGUUUGCUCGUUGUCUCACCUUGAAAAAUGUUAAUGAGUUUGAGGAUCAAUACUUUCAGAGGAAGCUGAUCUCGAGGCAGAAAAGUUUUCUGCUUCGUGUGUGUGUGUGUGUGUGUGUGUGCAUGUGUGUUUGUGUGUGUGUGUAAUUUCUAAAAUUAUUAAUUGGACUGCUUCUGCUUGCAAUCCCAUUCGGCAUCACAUUACUUCCUCUGCUCGAUAUGAGCUAUGAGUGCACCGUAAAGGGCACAAGUCCAGGCCUCACCGUCAUUAAUCUGCGUGACCUUAAAAACGUGCCGCCAUUUUUUCCCGCUUUAGUUUACAUUGUGUUCCCCUUUUACUCCACUAGAUGGCAGUAGAAGACCACGAGUGAUCUCUGGGCUCUGACGGUUUUAUUGUGCGAGUUGAGACUCACUUGUGAGAAGUUUGACUUGGCAUUUAGUCAUGUUGUCACAAAGUGUUGGAAAAGUAUUAAAAAAGUCAGAGAGAUAAAUAACCGUGCUGACUUGUAGGGUUUGACUGGACUCUGUGUUUUCUUUUGGAUAUAUAGAGUGUAUACUGUAUUAUUCUCAGGAUAGUAGAUUUAUUUAUUUAGCAGAAAACUCUUGUACCUUUUUACUGACAUAUAAAUGCUGGUGAUUGUAGACUCUUUAAAGCUCUUAAGAGGAACCAAUUUCAAACUUGAUAAAAUAUUCAAUUAUGAAUGUAAAACUCCAUCCUCUAUUCCACACACACACACACACACACACACACACACACACACACACACACACACACACACAUGCACACUUAUCUCUAUUUAGUUUGUAUUGGAGUGUGUUAAAAAUGAAGGAAAAUAUUUAUACUGGAAAUUUUAUUCAGGGUGCCAUUACUUUUAAGCCCAUGACAAAUCCCCUGCAGUGUUGAUACGAUGAUAUAUUACACGUCAGUACAAGAACUUUUAUUAUUUUAUUGUUUUUGAAUCAUCUUUCACUCAAUAAUUCACGAAUAAAAAAGUGUUUUAAUUGAACAUCUGUUUUGUUGCCAAGCCUAAGUAUUACAUAUGUACCAUCUAUUAUUAAAAUGUCUUUUCUCAUGGA